AUGGAUGAAUUGCGAAAAAUAGAACGUAAAAAGAAGCGAUUUGCUGUAAGACUUAAAAAUUCUAAGAAAAUUAUAUGUACCGACGUUCCCGGAUUGAAUAUAGUGCUCUGUAACGUAGGCCAGGCUACUGGCUUUAAGAAAAACGAUUUAUUAUUAAUGUUAGAGAAGAUAACACCCGAACCGAAAGUUUUAAAAUUCAUAGCUGAAAAAGGUGAUUCACAUUGUUUUAUUGUGUUCAAUAGAAUUGAAGAGGCGAAAAUCUUUUACGAUACAUAUGACGGUACUUUAAACAGCAAUAGUGAUGUGCCUUUAUAUAUGAGUUUUGUUGAAAGUGUUCCAAACAACGAGGUAAUUUGCUCCUCAAGAAAUCCUGAAGGUUUAACAUUAAUUGAGGGUUUUAUCACUGAAGAUGAAGAGACGCAAUUAUACCAACUUUUUGACUGGAUUGAUGAAUCAAACUUGAAGAAUAGACAGGUGAAACAUUAUGGUUAUGAAUUUAGAUAUGGCUCUAAUGAUGUAGACUUAGACAAACCCCUCGAUGAGAAAAUACCACAGAAAUGUGAAAUUAUUUGGAAGAGACUUAAAGAGUAUGGUAUUAAUUUUAGCAUACCAGAUCAAUUAACUGUCAAUAAGUAUAGUCCAGGACAAGGUAUACCAAGUCAUGUGGACAAACACAGUCCAUUUGGAGAUACAAUUUUGUCCCUAUCAUUAAAUUCAUCGGUUGUAAUGGACUGGAAACAUCACAACAAUAAAUAUAUCCCAGUGGUGGUGCCCUCAAGAUCAUUGCUAGUGAUGCGAGGUGAAGCAAGAUAUGACUGGCAGCACGGCAUUCAACCGAGGACAUGGGAUCCCAUUAUAGAAGUCAGAAAAAUUGAUAAUGAACUUGUGAAAGUGAUUACGAGUGAGACCAAAGCUCGUGGGACGAGGAUAUCUUUGACAUUCAGGAGGACGAGGCAGGGGCCAUGUAACUGUUGUUACGAGACACUCUGUGACAGCAGGGUGACACCCAACUUGGAUGAAGUCGCCUCACAUUUAGAAGAUCUCCAUGUACAUCAGGUGUAUGAGCAGAUAGCUGGUCACUUCAGUUCAACUCGCCACAAACCCUGGCCGAAGGUGGUGGAAUUCCUUCAAGACAUACCUCCCGGCUCUAUCAUACUGGACCUUGGGGCUGGGAAUGGGAAGAACAUACUCAAUAGGAAUGAUCUAUUGCAGAUCGCUUGCGAGUACAGCGUGGGUCUGUUGUCCGAAUGCAGUACAUUCACGCGCGCGUGCUGCGUGCGGGCGGACGUGCUGCACGUGCCGCUCUGUGACGGCCGCGCCGACGCUGUUUUGUGCGUCGCUGUCAUACAUCAUUUCAGUACUUACGCUAGAAGACGUCAAGCGAUUGCCACAAUAGUUCGUCUUUUACGUCCUGGAGGGAGAGCACUUGUCACAGUGUGGGCGAAGGACCAGAGUAAAUCGAACUACCUCUGUAAGGACAAAGAAAACACCGAGUCCGAUACUUACAAGACGGUCGGCGUUCAUCUACCGGUACACCAGAACAGGACGCAGUUCAAACAUAACGACGUACUGGUGCCGUGGAAACUCAGGAAGGUCAAAGAAAAUAAACUAGAAAAUGAAUCCAGCCAGACCCUGCUCAGAUACUACCACGUGUUCGAGGAACACGAGCUAGAGGAACUUUGUCAAAACCAAGGAGUUAUCGUAGAAAAGAGUUUCUAUGAGGAAGGAAACUGGUGUGUCAUAUGUCAAAAGAUUUAA